CCAUCAUCAUAUUCCACCAACGGAGGGACGAACGACCGCAUCGAUUCAUCCGGACGCUCGUUGGUCGUACGUAUUGGAGUUGGUACUACGCGGCUCAAGAACUUCAUUUGUUGAUGCGUAUGCAGGUGCAGAAGAUUGGCGUUUGCGAGAUGAGGGGAAGUAUUGGUGGUGGUGCAAGGUUGGGAUGUUCAUUGGGACGGAGCACCAUGGUCCAUCGAUAACUGAUAAGGGAAAAUAUGCCUGUUUUGGAACAACAUUUGCGCCAGAGUAUUGUUGGAACUUCGAUUUCAAAUAUCUUCCUUUCCUUCUCGUUACCCUACGAAUUGUAGCUUGUACGCAUUUUAUCUUGAUUCUGUUGCGCUGGUUGUGCUCGCUGUGGUUUGUUGAACACUUGGGUUCGCGUGUUCAAGAUUCAGGGGGAAUUGUUGCACUGCAUGAUCUUCCACCCAAUCAGGAUUCAAUCGUCACGUGUAGUUGACCGAUACUACUCACUUACCAGGUCUUCGAGUCUCAAGGUGUUGAGAGUUUGGGUGCUUGUGUUGUGCUACAGUCCACGCAUUGCAUUUUCAGUCGAGGGGGAUUCUCAUCCAGAGAAUUUCCUACUCGAACGUCUCAGAAUCCGGUAUCGCCUUACCAAGCAUAUGCCUCCAGAACCACACCACCGACACUCGCCAAUCAAACAAGCAAAGAUCAUUCGAUACAAUUAAAUCAAUUCGAUACCAAGAAAACCAUUACCAUGUCUUCUCAAGAAGAAGCCGAUGAGAAAGCAAUCUCCCCAGGCAUCAGAACCUCAGAAAGCAACGGCACAGGAACAAUCCAAGAUACCGCCCUCGAAGUCCUCGGCUACACCCCUGAGCUGCAACGUAACCGCUCCCUCUACACAUUACUGUUCCAAUCUCUCGCCAUAGCAGCAAUUCCCUUUGGCGAAGGAGGACCCUUCAUCAGUGCCAUCUACGGCGGCGGCCAACUCUCUAUCUUUGUUGGUUGGCUCGUCAUCCUGGUACUCUGUGAAUGUGUAGCUCUCUCUUUAGGCGAGUUGGCCUCUCGCUAUCCCACCAGUGCCGGACCGUACUACUGGAGUUUCCAGAUCGCGAAGGGGAAGAAAGUCGUGCUAUCUUUUAUUACCGGGUGGAUAUGGUUAAUCGGUAACUGGGCGAUAACAUUAUCUGUGAACUUUGGAUUCGCGAGUCUGAUAAUGGCGAGUGUUGCGAUCUAUCACGAGGAUUUCGUGGGGGAAAGUUGGCAACUCCUACUUUUAUUUUAUCUGAUUUGUAUCGUUUCUUUUGUUGUCUGUGCAUUUGGGAAUAGGGUCUUGCCGAUGGUGGAUACGAUUUGUGCGGCCUGGACAGCAAUUAGUAUUUUCAUCAUCCUGAUAGCGCUUUCUGUAAAAGCGGAUGUAGGUCGACACUCAGCUGCUUAUACAUUAGGGCACUACGACACCAGUCUCUCAGGCUGGGGCGGCUUCACAUUCUUCAUCGGUCUCUUACCCGCGGCCUACACCUUUAGCGCCAUAGGAAUGAUUUCCUCCAUGGCAGAGGAAGUUCCAGAUCCAACGACCAUUGUGCCGAGAGCAAUCGCUCUAUGCGUCCCAGUUGGUGGCAUCGCAGGGUUAUUUUUCAUCAUACCGAUCUGUGCAACGAUGCCGGAUCUAGUCGAUAUCAUGGGGGCACCAGUUGGCCAGGCUCUACCAUACAUCUUCCACGCCGUCAUGGGAUCACCGGGCGGCGGUUUAUUCCUGACAUUCCUUGUCCUGGGCGUCACAGCAUUCUGCUCCAUCUCCAUAACCGUCGCCGCCUCACGGUGUACCUGGGCCUUCGCACGGGACCUCGCACUCCCCUUCCCUAAAACCUUCUCUUACGUUCAACCUACGUUAAAGGUGCCUGUCAACGCUCUCGCCCUGGUAACAGUCGUCCAAAUGUUAUUGGGACUCAUCAAUAUGGGUUCCACCAGCGCUUUCACGGCGUUUGUGAGUGUGGGUGUCAUUGCACUUGCUGUGUCUUAUGCGAUUCCCAUUGCUAUCUCGCUCCUCUGGGAUCGGCGAGAGAAAGUUGGGGAUGCUCGGUGGAAUCUGGGACAUACCGUUGGUACGGGUGUUAAUAUCGUUGCGUUGUGCUGGAUUGGAUUUGAGGUUGUAUUGUUUAGUUGUCCGGGGGUAUUGCCCGUUACGCCCGUUAGUAUGAGUGAGUCCCCCCUUUCAAUUUCCAUUAUUCAACUUUCGGUCUGCUUCUAGGAGAGUCAAUUGCGAGAAUUUGUUUUCGAAUGAGACGUCGAUCAUCGUCUUUACUUUGUCAUCUCCCACCCUCAAAAGCCCGCCCACCUCGGCACCAUCUCGCUUAUCCCUUACCCCCUUUUCUUUUCGCAACCUAAAGAAUAUGCAUAUCAUAAACAAACAAACUGACCAACCUCCAAAACCAUAGACUACGCCAGCGUCGUGCUCGUCGGAUUCGGUACCAUGGCUACAAUCUGGUACUGGGCAUACGCACGAAAAGGUAAGAUUCCCUUUUCCCCUAACCCCUCUCUUUACCGCCCGUCCCCCUACACCACAUCGACCUCCAAUCAUCCCAAUCCACAACCCACCCAAUAAAGAAAAAGAGAAAAGAAAGAAACGGAAAAGCAAAGAAGAAAACGUAAAACAACAGAAAAUCCCGCUGACCAUUUAUUCAAAUAAAUAGUCUACAUCGGCCCCCCCACAUCCGACGGUCUUUUAUAAAAUGAACCUUCUCUUCCUGGCUCUUGUUCUUAUCCCUAUUCCUAUUUCUGUUCUAUAUAUGAUAUCAGCUUGAUGUACGAAUAGUAGUAUUGAAUCUAUAUCGUGAUAUUCGAAUUCCA